AUGGUUCGAUACGCUGCCACCGAGAUUCAGUCCUCGAAGUCGGCCCGCGCCCGCGGUGCCUACCUCCGAGUGUCCUUCAAGAACACUCGCGAGACCGCCCAGGCCAUCAACGGCUGGAAGCUUCAGCGCGCUGUUGCUUUCCUCGAGAACGUUAAGGAGCACAAGGAGGCCGUCCCCAUGCGACGAUAUGCCGGCAGCACUGGCCGAACCGCCCAAGGAAAGCAGUUCGGUGUCUCCAAGGCUCGAUGGCCCGUCAAGUCCGCCGAGUUCCUCCUCGGCCUCCUCAAGAACGCCGAGUCCAACGCUGAUGCCAAGGGUCUCGACACCGGUGCCCUGAUCGUCAAGCACAUCCAGGUCAACCAGGCCCCCAAGCAGCGACGACGGACGUACCGUGCCCACGGUCGUAUCAACCCCUACAUGUCCAACCCCUGCCACAUCGAGCUCAUCCUCACCGAGGCUGAGGAGGUCGUCCAGAAGUCCGAUGCCGUCGCCGAGCGUGACCAGCACCUCAGCUCGCGACAGCGCGGUGCCCGUCUCCGCAAGGCCAUCACCGCCGCUUAA